AUGUCUCAUGAUCCAGAGACCAAUAGCGGGGCUCAUGAAGUGCGAGUGCCGUUUGAAUUAUCCGAUAAAACACUACUUCACAAUAAAUGCUACGUCGACGGUCAAUGGUGCUCUUCACUCUCAAAUAAUUCCUUCGCAAUCGACGACCCCGGUUCAGGCACCCAUUGGGCUACAUGCCCCAACUGCAUUCCGGAGGAUGUCGACAACGCAGUACAAACAGCACAUGCAGCUUUUCAACUCUACUCCCGCACGAAUCCCAGAAAACGUGCUCAACUUCUCUCUGCAUGGUAUCAACUCAUUCUCUCCGCAAAGGACGAUUUGGCCAAGAUCCUAGUUUACGAAACUGGUAAACCUCUUAGCGAGGCAUAUGGGGAGAUAGAUUAUGGCGCUAGCUUUACAUGGUGGUUUGCCGGGGAGGCAGAUAGGAUUCGGGGGUCGACGUUGGUAGCUGCCGCGGAUAAUCGACGAACAGUUACCAUCAAACAGCCUAUAGGUGUUGCUGUAGCAUUGGUGCCAUGGAAUUUCCCAAUCGCACUCGUGCUACGCAAAGUCAGUGCGGCUUUGGCUGCAGGAUGCACGAUUGUGGUGAAGCCAUCUCCAGAGACACCGAUGACAGCUUUGUGUCUUGCCGAUCUCGCUACUAGGGCUGGCUUUCCCAAGGGCGCAUUUAACGUUUUAACAACUAGUCUUGAGAAUACUCCUGCAGUCGCACAGGCUUUGUGUGUUCAUCCGUUAGUGAAGAAAGUGACGUUCACCGGCAGUACUCGUGUUGGUAAGAUUAUUGCUCGCCUAUGUGCCGAUAAUCUGAAAAAGUCGACGUGCGAGCUUGGUGGUAAUUGCCCCUUGAUCUGUUUCGCUGAUGCAGAUUUGGAUGUUGCUAUCGAUCAACUGUUUGCGCUCAAAUGGAGGCAUGCUGGACAAGCAUGCAUUACUGCAAAUCGUGUUUAUGUCGAGCGUGCUAUUUAUGACGACUUUGUAGAACGGAUUUUGUCACGAACGAAGACACUGGUAGUUGGUCAUGGGCUAGAUCCCGAUACUACAAUGGGACCCGUCACUGUGGAACGCAGUCUUGGUCGCCUGGAAGGUCUCGUUUCAGAUGCAGUCGGAAAAGGUGCUAAAAUUGUUCUUGGGACGGGUACCAGACUUCAGAAAGGCGAGGCGAACGACCUGACCAAAGGAUUCUACAUGAAGCCUACCAUUCUCGUCGACAUGACGGACGACAUGAUAAUGACUCAUGAAGAGGUCUUUGGUCCAGUUCUUGGAAUAUAUUCGUUUGACACGGAGCAAGAGAUUACAAAUCGGGCAAAUGCCACACCGUUCGGUCUUGCAAGUUAUGUCUUCACGGAGAAUACCCAUCGAAUAUGGCGGAUGAUGGAGAAUCUGGAAGCUGGGAUGAUUGGAGUGAACGUAGGAAACAGCUCUGCUGCCGAAGCACCGUUCGGUGGAAUGAAGGAUAGUGGAUGGGGGAAGGAGAGUGGUAAAGAUGUUGCGAUUGAUGAGUAUCUCAUCAGCAAGACUUGCACAAUGAUGAUCAAAGAUCAUUUCUAA